AUGUAAGAAUCAGAAUUUCUUAAAUAUGAAAACAAACCUUUCCUUCCCUAACAAUAAUAAAUUACACGUACUGUUCUAUAAUCAUUAAUCCAUGAGUAUCAUAUUCUCAUCAAAGGACUAAUCAGCCAGUAAAUAACACUACUAUAUUUUAGAGAAUAUUAAGAUUACUGUAAUGUUAAAGGAGCUUGUGGUUAAACUAUUCCUCUAAUAUUAAUCUUACCUAUCGUGCUUGCAAUUGGUACAUUUUAACUAACUUUGUUAUUUUUUAAAAAUCUGCAAGACGGUACAUUUUUAUAUUAUAGUAAAUAAAAAGGUCCCGUUAUACCUGCUUUGAUUUAAUUCCUAUUGUUACAAGCCGCAUAGACUUUUAUUAUGUACAUGAUCCUUAAAGCUUUUGAAGUUAUUCCAAAAAAAAUUGAAAAUCCUUUGUUGUUUGGAAAGAUAACCUCUUACAUAUUCUUAUGUUUAAGCAUUAUUGAAGGAACUUUAAUUAUUGUAUUUAUAAUUAAAUUAUUUUUUAAUAGGAGAGAAUUUCAAAUUUCAAUUAAUUUUCACAAUCUUAUUUUUGGGCAAUUUUCGGAUUAAUAAUUUGGUAAAAAGUAAAUAUUGAAUACAAUUAAUUAGAUAAUAUAAUUAUUUAUUUAUGAUUACAAACUUAGAAUUGGAAUAGUAAUAUUUCAAUAUAUCUACUAUGUUUUUAGGUUGAAUAGUGAAUUAUUAAUGAAAGUAACUUAUUGGCUCUAUUUUAGGAUUUAAUAAAAAUAAUAGCAUAUAUAUGUUUGGAGAUUAUUUAUAUCAUAGAUGCUGAAUUAAAAAAUUAUUCUCAAUAUCAAUUUGAAAAUAAUAUGUAAUUUAGAAACAAUAAAGAAGAGGUUUAAUUUAUGAUCCCAUAAGUUCAAAUGUAGACUCAAUAAUAGAUUCUAGAAAUUAUUACUAAUUAAUUUCCUGUUAUUAUUUUUGAUUAAACUAAAGAGUUACUACACAUUUCAGGAGUAGGAUUAAAAUAAUUAUAAAUGGAAGAUGAAUUUAAUAAAGUGGAUUUGAUUUCUGCUGAAAUUAAAUUAAGAAAAAUGGAAGUAAUUAAAUUUUUUUCAACAAAUUCAACAUAAAAAGGUAAUUUGGUAAGAUUAUAAAAACUGGCUAAAUUUGGAUCUACUUGUGGAAUUAAUGAAAAAGGAGAAUUGUUGCAUUCUUUAAUAAAUGGACCAGCACUUUAAUAAUUAAGAAUUUUAAGGUAACCUCAAGAUAAUUAAAGAAUAAUACACUAUAAUCCAGAUGGAAUUUUAGAAUAGCUGCUAAAUAAUUUAAUUAAUAAUCAGGAAACAGAGUUUAAAGGAAUAUCUAAAUAUAAUCUACCUAAGAAUUAAUCCAAAUAUUUUUAAUUCACCUUAAUUAAAAUAUUAAAAGAGGAGCGUUUUUAACUAUUUUUAAUUCUAGAAGACGUAACAUAAAUUUAUUAAGAUAUAAAUUUGAACUAAAAAAAUGAAGAAGAUGACCUUCCAAAUUUAUGUUAAGAAUUUAGAAAAAGUUUAUUCUGUUAAUAAAACUAAUAGAUUCCUCUUAGAUUGCUCAAUAUUGAAAUUAAGGAUACUCUUAAAUAUUCCAAAACUUAAUAUUUACAAGAGGAGUAAUUAAAUAUUGAUAAUUUGAUUAAUUAAUUAGAAACUAAAUUUCAGCAUUAAAUAAACCCUAAUAUAAAAUUAUAAUUUUAAAAUAACUUAAAUGUUAAUGGUGGAGAAUUCAAAACAGAUUAAUUAAGGUUAAUUUAAAUGCUAGAAAUACUUAUGAGAAAUAGCAUUGAUAAUACAAAUGAAGGAUAUAUAAAAAUAAUAAUUGAAGAUGAUAAAAUAAAGAAUUGUAUCUAAAUCUCUGUGGAAGAUACUGGUAUAGGAAUAAAUUAAGAGAUUGUUGAAGAAAGAUUCAAUUCGAAUUAAAUUCAAUCUCUACAAAUAGUUAAUUAUUUAAGUAAAUUAUUGGGUCCUCUAUUUUAUUCUAAGAAAAUUUCAGGUUAAAUUGCAAAUAAAGGUUUGAGAAUUAAAUCGUUAUAAGAUUGUGGAACGAAUAUAUCAUUUUCAAUUAGAAAUUUACAUUUAGAUGAAUUCAAUACUUAAUUCAUUAUUGAUGAAGAAGUAAAUCAAGAAGAAUUUGAAGAAGAUGAAAUUUAAGAAAAAUACAUAAGAGAUGAUGAAAAAAUAUAAUAUUUAUAGAGAUUAAACAAAGGACUUAGAUCAUUAAUUAUAAAUAGGUAAUAAAUUUCAAAAAUAACAAAAACUCUUGAAAUCAAUACUAGUAAGAAAUAAACAAAAUUAGUUGGUAUGAUGAAACUUUAGGAAUUGGGAAGAUUUAAAAAUAUUGAAUAAUAGAAUGAAUCUUGUCAAUGUAAUUACAAACUUAUUAUCAAUUCUGAUUAAGACUUUGAAAGAGUAAUCAAACAACAUGUAUAAGAAAAUGUUAUAUUUAUAAAUGAAUAAGACUCUUUUAAACAUAUUAAUUUAAAAAUAAGGGAAAAGAAAUGCUUUAACAAUUCUUGUUAAUUAUAUAAAUAAAUAAUUAUCAAUUGUCACAAACCAAAUUUUCAUUAUAGAGAGUAAUAAUAUUCAUAAUCAUUUUUAGUUUAAUUAUAAAAAUUAAUGGAGUCAGCAAUAACUUCAAAAUUAUGUUAUUGAUAUAUAAUUCAAAUGGGGAAAUGGAUAUGUUAGGUACGUACAUUAUGAUGCCAAUCAAAUUAGAUGUGAUACUAUAAUAUUUAUAACAGUGA